AUGUCUGAUUCUGAAGAAGAACAAGUGAAACAAGCUCCGAUAAUUAAGCCUCAUUAAAAAUAACAAAAGGACUUCUAUGCUGAAUAAUUGUAAGCCAAUGAAGAAGCAGAAUCAUAAGCUCCUUUGUUAGUUGUUGUAUAAGGACCUAAAGGGAGUGGCAAAACUACAUUGAUAAAAUCUCUUGUCAAACACUACACAGGAUAGAAGAUUAAGAAAUUAGUAGGUCCAGUAACAGUUCGUUCAAAUAAAUAACAUAGAGUUACAUUUGUUGAGUGUCCUAGUGAUAUCAAUGCAAUGAGCGAUUUAAGUAAGGUAGCUGAUUUAGCAUUGAUAAUGAUUGAUGCUAGUAUAGGAUUUGAGAUGGAAACUUUUGAGUACUUAAGUUUGUUGAAUAAUCAUGGUUUUCCAAAUGUUAUGGGGGUUUUGACACACAUUGAUUUCUUCAAAGACAACAAGUAACUAAGGAAAACAAGAAAGAAGUAUAAAAAGAGAUUUGAAUAUGAAACUGGUGGCAAUUACAAAUUGUUCUAUUUGUAAGCCUUGAAAAAUGAAUACUAUUUGAAAUAAGAUAUCCACAAUUUGGCAAGGUUCAUAUCGAUCAUUAAGAUUGCUCCAGUAAGAUGGAAAACAGAACAUCCAUUUGUAUUGGCAGAUCGUUACGAAUAGGGUAAGGAUAAUACUACAACCUUUUAUGGAUAUGUUAGAGGAUGCACUUAUCGAUUAAAUGACAGAAUUCAUUUUGUAGGUUAAGGAGAUUACUAUAUUGAUAGUUUUGAAGAAGUUCUGGAUCCAGUUGAGAUCAUAACUGCUUAGAAAAAGCAUCGAUCAUUGAAGGAUACUGAGAAAUUGGUUUAUGCUCCAAUGUCCAGUGUUGGUGCUCUAGCUAUUGAUGCCACAGCAGGAUACAUUACAAUUCCAUAACCAAUAUUUACAGAAAAAAACAAGUUUGUUAAUAAUGAGGAGCAAGAUGAUGAGGAAAUGGAAGAAUAAGAAUAAGAAUAGGAAUUACCUGAAGGAGUCAGAAUGGUUAGAGAAUUGCAACAAAUGACUGAAGGAAUUGAUAAAUAAUUAGAGGAAGAAGAAGAUGUGUAAUUGUUGGAGGGAUUUGAGUUGGAAGAAGACAAACCUAUCAAGAAGAAAAAUAAUUAAUAAUAGAUUUAAUAACAAAGAGAUUUAGUUAGACUAAAGAAUAGAGUUAAUAUCAAAAUUGAGAAUGGAACUGUCAUGCCUAUAACAGAUACUCUUUUGGCUACUGAUUUACAUGAAUUAAUAUAUUAGAAUAAGAAUGGUAUUAAUGAGUUUGAUAGUGUAAGAUACAUACCUAAGGUUUAAGAAAGAAAAUCAUACAGGGAAAUUAAAGAACUAUUUGUGACAGGUUUUUAUGGAUAAACUGAUGUUGUGGAUUUGGAAAACCUAGAAAAAUAAAUGGAAGAGGAAGAAUAAGAAGAUAAAGAAUAAGAAUAAGAAAAUAAAGAUAAUAAUUAAAAUUAAAAAGAUGAAAACUAAAAUUCAAAGGAAAAACAACAAGAAAGAUAAUAACUAGUUAAUUAAUUAACUAAUUCCAAUCUUGGAUUGUAUAAAAAAGGCACUUAUGUCAAAAUAGUUAUUAAAGAUUUCUCUUCUUCUAUUAAAGACGAAUAUCCUAUGAUUCUUGCUAGGUCUGAAGUUGGUGAAGAUAAUUUAGGAUUUAUCAAGAUUCGGAUUAAAAAACAUAGAUGGCAUAGCAACAUCUUGAAAUCAAAUGAUCCUAUCAUCAUCUCUCUUGGAUGGAGGAGAUUUUAAACAAUCCCUAUAUAUUGUGUACAAGAUCCUAAUGACAGAUUACGCUUUGUCAAGUACACUCCAGAAUACGACUAUUGUUAUGCCAUAUUUUAUGGUAAUUUUGCACCCCAGGGCACAGGCCUCGUUUGUACACAAUCUUUAAGCAACAAAUUGUCUAAAUUUAGAGUUGCUGCCACUGGAGUAGUGUUAGAGAUGAAUCAUUAAUUUGAUGUGAUGAAAAAGUUAAAGUUGGUAGGAGAACCUUUUAAAGUCAUUAAAAAUACUGCAUUCAUUAAAGGAAUGUUCAAUUCUUCUCUCGAAGUAGCCAAAUUCUAAGGUGGUCUGAUUAAAACUGUGUCUGGUUUAAGAGGACACAUUAAAAAACCAAGCAAAUUAGGUCCUGAUGGUAGUUUCAGAGCUACGUUCGAAGACAAGAUCCAAAUGAGUGAUUUAGUCUUCUGCAGAACCUGGGUCAGAAUGCAUAUAGAGAGAUUCUAUAGACUCAUCACAAACAAUGUGAAAUUGAUGAAGACUAUGUGGGAAUUAAGGCAAGAGAAGUAGAUUCCUCUAGAAUUCAAACCAGAUUCUACUUAUCAAGAUCAGGAAAGAGUUCCUGUGAAAUUUGCUCCUUUGAGAAUACCAAAUAAUUUAUAAUAGAAUCUACCUUUUGAAAGCAAAGAGAAGGUUAAGUCGCUGUCCUUCAGAGAGAGAUUGAGAUAAUAAGUGGAAAAGAAUUUACCUGUCAAGAGCAAUAUGACAGACAAGGAGAAGGAAGUUUAUUCUUUGAUUUAGCGAUUGAAUACCAUAAAGAAUGAGAAGGAGAAAAAGAGAGAAUAGAAGGACAUUCAAAAGUAGAAGGUCAAGGAAGCUUAGAUUAAAGGAUAGAAGUAACAUUUAGAAGAGGGAAAGAGGAAGUAUAAGUAAUAAAAACAGAAAGAUAAAUUUAUAAAAUAAGUUAAGAAAUAAUAAUAAUAGUAAUGA